AUGACGAACCAAGAACUUUCUGCCGAAGUGGUCGGGAAUGCGUUUAUUGAUCAAUAUUGUUUUAUUCUUCGGCAUCAUCCUGAGAUGAUUCACCAGUUCUACAAAGAAAGCAGUAAGCUCGGUCGUCCUGAUGAUCACGGCAAUGUGACAUCGGUCACCACCAUCGCUACAAUCAAUGAGAUGUUACUGGCCACCAGCUUGGGCGUACCAGAGAUAACGAAGGUGAACAGCCAGGAGUCUCACCAUGGUGGGGUGUUGGUCCACGUAACAGGGCGUCUCACCAAGGAGGACAACGUCAAGAGGGACUUCUCCCAGUCCUUCUUCCUUGCUCCCCAGGAAACGGGCUAUUUUGUGCUGAAUGACAUCCUGCAGUAUGUGGAUGAGAUCGACGAACACCAGGGUUCUGGAGAGAUCGAUGAACAGCAGCGACACCAGGGCUCUGCGAAUGAACAAGAAGAAACAGUGUCAGUGCCCAUUGAUGUAGUGGUUGCUCCAGCAAAAGAAAUCUGUGAUUCUGUGAGCAAUGACGAGAGCUCCGCUGUGCAAGAGAAAGAACCGGGCAAUGAGGUCUGUGAUUCUGUGAACGAUGGCGAGAGCUCGACUGUGCAAGAACAGGAACCGGGCAAAGAGGAAGACCGAGCAAUGAGUUNCUCCGAUUCUGCGAACAAUGGCGAGAGCUCCACUGUGCAAGGGAAGGAACCGAGCAAUGAGGUCUCCGAUUCUGCGAACAAUGGCGAGAGCUCCACUGUGCAAGGGAAGGAACCGAGCAAUGAGGUCUCCGAUUCUAUGAACAAUGGCGAGAGCUCGACUGUGCAAGAGAAACAACUGGACAAUGAGGUGUCUAAUGUAGUUUCAGAUAGUCCUCAUCAACAGAUGCCCAAGAGGACAUAUGCUUCAGUGAUCAAAUCUGCGAAAGAUGUUCCUGUGAACGUAGCAACUGCAGAAUGGGUUCCUGUGGUGGCAGCGCCAUCUAAACCAGUCCCUGCUCCAACGCCUGAGGAGCCGAUCUCCAGUUCUGUCGAUGAACGUUCCAUCUGCGUCAAGAACAUACCCCUCCAGGCAACACCGGCACUUCUUGAGGAGCAGUUCAAGAGGUUUGGUCCUAUCAAGCCCGGUGGCAGCCAAGUUAGAGGCCAUCAUAAGGCUUCUCCCAUAGUUAUGUCUGGCCGAUCAGUCAAAAUCGAGCCAAAAAAGAUACUUAAUCCAGGAGUUGAUAGAUACGGAGGAAGAUUUCCACCUGGUGGGGUGGAUGGGCAGCAAAGUGGAUUAAGGCAGCAUGGUAACAGAGGCUAUGUUGGAGGCAGGGCUGGGAACAGGACUCGAUUAGAUACAGCUGGUACUGGAUCUGGAAGCCACCAUAAGUGGAACUAA